GGUUCUCAUGUUGCUUAUGAGCAUCUUUAAUGAUGAACGCUUUUACUAGUUUUUUUCAUCAGUGGUGGUAAAAGUGACACUUUGUUACACUUUUGUUACGAAGUCCCGCGCUGACAGUUACAAUGUAACUAAAAGUAUCAUUAGUCACGUGUGCGAGCAGAGUGAGACCUCUGUCCGUCUGUCUGUCUGUGAGCGUCCCAGCUCCGUCACGGGGACGCGCCCGCACUCACACGCACUCACCCGCCGCGCGGCCAGGCCACCGGCCAGCCUCUCCGCUUCUCUCCCCUUUUCCUCCAUUUUUCCGUUCAAAGUCUCCGCUCACUCCCGGCUCGCCGCUCGAGGCCCGCUCCGCGCGGACAGGAGCGCGAGGAGGCGGACUGACCGCCGGAUUACCGACUUUUCAGCGACGGGCUGUCCCGGAGCUGCCGUGAUUCACGGCCCCAGCAGCCAGCGGCGGGCCUCAACUUUCCCCAGCCUGGGCUCACCGGACGGUGACGUCAGCCUGGAGAAAAGUUGAACUCGAGGCACCGGUGCUGCCGUUUUUCCAGGGAGCAGCUCCUGUUAGUGUCCGCUGGAACUUUUCUGUAAGGUAUCAGCGCCCCCACCCAGCCCCCUCCCAGCCCCCUCCCGCCCCCACCCUCUCUUCCCGGCUGUCCCGGUACCGACAGGCCCGCACCGGGACCGGAACCAGAACCAGGAGCGGCUGCUCCCCCGGCGCCUGCGUUUCUUUGUUUAUUUGUUUGUUUUUGUUUAGUUUACUGAACCUGGACAUGGGGAGAGAGUGAGCGGAGCAUCGCGUGGCUUCCACGAGACUCACGGUUUCCUCCGGUCCGGUACAGGUGGUGGGCGGAGCUGAAAAAUGGCAGGUGCAUCAGUGAAGGUGGCGGUGCGAGUCCGCCCAUUCAACUCCAGAGAGACUGGACGCAACGCCAAGUGUGUGAUCCAGAUGCAGGGAAACACCACCUGCAUCUCCAAUCCCAAACAGCCCAAAGAUGGAGCCAAGAACUUCACCUUUGACUACUCCUACUGGUCACACACAACGCCCGAUGACCCCGGCUUCACCUCUCAGACACAGGUGUAUAAGGACAUCGGAGAGGAGAUGCUGCUGCACGCCUUCGAAGGAUACAAUGUGUGUAUUUUUGCGUAUGGACAGACGGGUGCAGGAAAGAGUUACACUAUGAUGGGCAAACAGGAGCCUGGACAGGAAGGGAUCAUACCACAGCUGUGUGAGGACUUGUUUCAGAGAACAGGAGAAAACACAGAUCCUGACCUGACCUACUCCGUAGAGGUGUCCUACAUGGAGAUCUACUGUGAGCGGGUUCGGGACCUGUUGAACCCAAAGUCCCAGGGCACGCUGCGGGUCCGGGAGCAUCCCAUCCUGGGGCCCUACGUGGAGGAUCUGUCCAAACUGGCUGUGACUGGAUUCACGGACAUCCGGGACCUGAUGGACGCCGGCAACAAAGCUCGGACAGUCGCAGCUACAAACAUGAACGAGACGUCGUCCAGGUCCCACGCUGUCUUCACCAUCGUCUUCACCCAAAAACGACGAGAUCAGAUGACCAGCCUGGACACUGAGAAAGUCAGUAAGAUCAGUCUGGUCGACCUGGCUGGAAGUGAACGAGCAGACUCCUCUGGGGCAAAGGGCACACGGCUCAAGGAAGGAGCAAACAUCAACAAAUCUCUGACCACAUUAGGAAAAGUGAUUUCAGCUUUGGCUGAAAUGCAGAGCAGUAAAAAGAGGAAAAGUGAUUUUAUUCCCUACAGAGACUCUGUUCUCACCUGGCUACUGAAGGAGAACCUGGGAGGAAACUCUCGCACAGCAAUGAUUGCUGCGCUAAGUCCUGCUGACAUCAACUACGAAGAAACACUGAGCACUCUGAGAUAUGCUGACCGUGCCAAACAGAUUCGCUGUAACGCUGUGAUCAAUGAAGAUCCAAAUGCCAAACUGAUCAGAGAGCUGAAGGCCGAAGUGGAGCGACUGAGAAACCUGCUGUUCUCUCAGGGCCUGCAGGAGCUGCUGGACAAUGCUGUCAACAACAACAACAACAUCAACGGCCCCGGUGGUGUCGCAGGUGCGUCCCCCUCCCCUCUCCAGCUGGCUCUCACAUCCAAUGGGAUCACGCCUGAGAAUGGCUCCGCCCCUCCAGGCGCUGAGCCGGUAUCUGAAGGUGACACGCCUGCUGACCCUGAUCAGCUGAUCGAGGAUGGAGAGGAAAGGGAGGAGGGAGAGUCCACAGAGAACAUCAGCAAAGAGGAAGCAGCUGAGAGACUGAUGGAAACAGAGAAAAUCAUCGCUGAGCUGAACGAGACGUGGGAGGAGAAACUGAGAAAAACAGAAUCUAUUCGUUUGGAGAGAGAGUCCCUGCUGGCAGAGAUGGGCGUGUCCAUAAAGGAAGAUGGAGGAACGCUGGGCGUCUUCUCUCCUAAAGGAACGCCUCACCUGGUCAACCUGAAUGAAGACCCUCUGAUGUCCGAGUGCCUCCUCUAUUACAUCAAGGAGGGAGUGACCAGGGUCGGGCAGCAGGACGUGGACAUUAAGCUGUCGGGUCAGUUCAUAAAGGAGAUUCACUGCGUUUUUGUCAGUGAGACCAACGAGCAGGGAGAAGUGGUGGUCACUCUGGAGCCGUUAGUUGGAGCAGAGACCUACGUUAACGGGAAGCAGAUCACCGAUGCCGUCAUAUUAAAACAAGGUAACCGCAUCGUGAUGGGAAAGAACCACGUGUUUCGGUUCAACCACCCGGAGCAGGCGAGGCUGGAGAGGGAGCGCAGCGCCACGAUGGAGCAGCAGGGGGAGCCAGAGGACUGGAACUACGCGCAGAAAGAGCUGCUGGAGAAACAAGGCAUCGACAUCAAGCUGGAGAUGGAGAAGAGACUGCAGGACGUGGAGACUCAGUACCGUAAAGAGAAGGAGGAGGCUGACCUGCUGCUGGAGCAGCACAGACUGUACGCAGACAGCGACAGCGGGGACGACUCGGACAAACGAUCCUGUGAGGAGAGCUGGAGGCUCAUCUCCUCCCUGAGAGAGAAGCUGCCAGCCAACAAGGUGCAGUCCAUAGUGAAGCGCUGUGGUCUGCCCAGCAGCGGGAAGAGGAGGGAGCCUCUGCGAGUGUAUCAGAUCCCUCAGAGGAGGAGGAUCAGCAAAGACCCCAAACGGGUCACCAUGGAGGACCUCCGCAUGCAGGCCGUCAAAGAGAUCUGCUACGAGGUGGCUCUGGGAGACUUCCGUCACUCCCGUCAGGAGAUCGAGGCGCUCUCCAUUGUCAAGAUGAAGGAGCUGUGCCGCAUGUACGCCAAGAAGGACACCAACGAGAGGGAGAGCUGGAGGGCCGUGGCCCAGGACGUCUGCGACACUGUGGGCAUCGGAGAGGAGAGGAGCCCUCCCGCUGAAGAGGGGGGAGGAGGAGGUGUUGGCGGUGGAGGAGGAGGAGGAAGUGGUGGCAGUGGAGGAGGAGAGACAGGGGAAGGUGGAGAAAAGGCAGGCGUGUACGACUUGAAGGCUCACAUCGAUAAGCUGACAGAUAUUUUGGAGGAGGUGAAGCUGCAGAACAACAUGAAGGACGAGGAGAUCAAAGCUCUGAGAGACAGAAUGAUCAAGAUGGAGAGCGUCAUACCUGUUCAGGACGAUGACUUGAAUGGCGAGGGAGGCGAGUCCCCUCAGAGAGAGAGAGAUGGAGACAGGGACGAGGAUGAUGAAUGCCCCAGCCACCCAGAGGUCAGAGUUCAGCGGCUGAUGGAGGAGGACCCGGCGUUCAGGAGAGGACGCCUCCGCUGGAUGAAAAAGGAGCAGCAGCGGCUCCUGAACCUGCAGCAGCAGAACAUCACCAAGAAGCUGCGAGGACAGAACCAAAGCCAAGGUCAGAACGCCCCCAUUGUCCCCAUCCACCUCCCAGGAACUGGACGCUUCAUCCCUCCGCAGGAAUGCAAGCUCAAGUUUCCCUUUAAGAGUAACCCUGCCCACCGGCUGUCAUGGGGACCCGCCAGUGCCGCUCUGCAAGCUCUCGGUCUGGGCGAGGGAGGAGGAGGUGAUGGUGUUGAGCAGAAGGAGAAUGGAGGAGGAGAAGCUAAAGGUUCUCCCUCACCUCCACCUCCCCCACAAGGUCAACUGCCUGGUCUCUUGCCCCUCCCCUUCCCAGCUCAGCCCCCUCGCAUGCGCACCCCAAGUCCCCAUCGCGCCUGGCAGCAGCGUAACCAGGGCAACCAGGGUGGCUAUCACUACAACAACCAGGGCAACAACCAAAACCAGCAGCGUCGUUACCGCCGCAACUCCCUGGACAGCUCGCCACAGGGCAACGGGAGCUACAACAAUGACCAGCACUUCAGCAGUGGUGGCAAUGGUGGCCACCAGGGGCGACCAAGACAGAGGAGGGGGUUUUCACCUGGGCCAGGUGGGGAGAGAGGAGGAGGAGGCAGAGGAGGAGGAGGAAGCAGAGACAGGGACAGAGACAGAGACGGAGGCUUCCAUUAUAAUCAACGCCAGCACCAUCAGUUCCACCACCACCAUCCCUACUACAACCCCCACAAUGCACCAUUCCAGCCUGGACCUCACCCUCACCCCCAUUACCACAGCCUGCCGUGCUCAGGGGCUCCGCCCCUUCCUGCUGACAUGCUACUUGGCAUUGUGCCACCGCCGGGGGCGUGGAGCUUCAACACUCCGCCCAGGAUGAGGCGGCAGUUCAGCGCACCGGACCUCAAAAACAACAGCAACAACAAGGAGACGCCGAUCUGACCUCUGACCUCCUGAAUACGGAGACUCCUGAUUGGCUUCGGGACACAGGGCGAUCCUGAUGCUGUAGAGAAUCGGCUGAGAGUGUGUGCGUGUGUGUGUGUGCGCGCGUGUGUGCAAUUGAGCACUUUUACACACCCUGUAUCCUCUGUCCUGCUGCGCGUGUGUUUGUGCUUGUGUGUGUGUGUGUGUGAAGCUUUUAGGUUAGCAAAGGUGAGCUGUUAGCGACACUGAUGUGCAAAAAGUGAAUUUGAAUUUGUUUUAUUUUAUCUGUUAUGUUGUUCUGUCAGACUUUGAUCACGCAGUAAUUUAGCCUUUUUUUAUUUUUUAAAUUUCACCGAUGGCUGGUGUUCGGGUGUCUUUCAUCGUGUUAACAAGGUGCCUUAAAGCCGACGUGUCUACUGGUGAAGCUAAUUUUCUUUUUAAAGAUCAAGUACGUUUGUUAGCAGGGUGGUGUUUCUGGGUUAGAAGAGGUUUUUUUUGUUUGUUUGUUUUUUAGCUUUUAGUGCUAGCAAGUGAAGAGUAGGUGAAAUUGUGAGCUUAGCCUAGCCUACGCUGCAUUCAAGUUCCAUGGGAAUUACAGAUUGUACAGCUUGUUUAACUCACUUCAACCCUCAAACUGAUGAUUAAGAGUUUAAUCUGGAGCAGUUCCCAAAUGGUGAUUAAUAUUAAAAUGAAGUUUAUUUUUACUCGUUUAUUUAAUCAUAAAUACAAUAGAGCCCACUGUGCUUGUAUUUAGCUUCUGCUGCAAACCAAAAAAAAAUGUAUACAGUUCAACAACUUAAAUAUUGAUUUAAAGUUGAGAAAAAAAUAUGCAGAAACAUAUAUAUUACAUGUGAGUACACUGAUAAUGUUGCCUUUUUUUCCUGUCAUAUUUACCACCUGUGAUCUGUUUUUGAUUGAAGCUUGAAACUUGUAUUUACAUCCUCUCCCAUGCAAUUUGAAUGCAGCAUCGCUAAGUGCUACAAACCAAAGAAAGCGGCUGUGUGGCGCCUCCUAGUCAGGGUAAAAGCAUCAGUGCAGGAACAAUAAGUGCCAAUGUGGCUUUUGUAAAAACGCUAAAACGCGCAGAGUUCCAAAAAUGGAGAAGCUGCGGGCGAGAAAGGCGAGUGCAGAUGCCCCCCUGAGGAAGAGGAGGUGCAGAGAGGAAGAGGAGUAGGUGCUGCGCUUGUCUUAUCUGUCAGAUGUUUGUUUUUAAGAGCUGUGUGUGUAUAUUUGAAGUGUUAAAUCUGAUUUUAAACACAUGAAACGUGCUGACGGUAAGUUCACCGUCUCUGGCAAUCGUGGGAAAUGCAAGUGAUGCGUAACACAUGAUGAUGCCCCAAGGUGGGAAAUGUGGGAGCUUAGAGACAGAAUCCUGAAGGGAUGGAUUAGUUCAUGUAGGGCUGGAUAAGGAAGGAAUUCUGGGAGAUGUAUUGAGAAGCAGAAGGUUUUGAGGAAGAGAAGAAGAAGCUGAUAUACAGUAAGCUUUUUUUUUUUUUUUUUUUUUUUUUUUUUUUUUGAAGUAACAGACACUACAGCAUGUCGGGUGUGAUACGAGAUUCGUGCUGUAAGGACGCGACACUUUUUACUUUAUGUCCAAUUCAAAAAGGAUGGGAAAAUUCACUGCUGCCUUCCUGGCACGUCAGGAUCCUGGAAAUUGUGGCCUCCACCUUUUUCAGGUUGCUUUUAAUUUGUUCUCGUUUUUCAAACAUGACAUUUGCACACACAUACUUUUGCUGGUGUUGUGUUCACUUCACAUGUGUAAGACAGGAAACAAAUUUCCAGCUUCCUGCGUCCCAGCGAACGCAGCACCCUAUGUGCGUUUUAUUCGCACUGAAUUAACGAAGACAAGUUUACUGCCAGGAGGAGCUGGGAGAGUUGGCGAUACUGCGCACACUCCACCCACUCAAAGCAGAGGAUUGUGGGAGUUAACAAGUGGAGCAACUAUGAGCUCUGUGACUUUUAAGGCUUUUUCAUAAAAAGGUUAGAUCCAACCAAUGGCAGUGCUCCUUCCUGCUGCAGGAGGGAGUCAGCGCCAUGAUGAUGACGAUGACAAUAAUUGUGAUGAAAACAAAAGAAGUGAAUGCAAUUGGCCUGAGAACCAUGAUGUCAGCAGAAUCUCUGGAAUUGGCCAAUCACAGGACAAUCGCUAAUCCUGCUGCCACUGCCAGGCCUGAUGGAAAAAUAUGUUUUUCGUUUUUUUUAUUUUUAUUUUUUAGAUUUUUUUUUUUUUUUCAUUUCCAGCUUGGGCCUCUGAUUGGCUGUUUGUUUUUCCUUUGUGUAUCACAUCAUGUACUGCGUAUUUUAACCAACCUCCAUGUUUGACCUUUGGUUUAUGAUGUCAUCAGUCAUCUUCACUUAUUAAUAUAAUUAUCCUAAAGUUAUACGUGUCAUUAAUAUUUGGUUAUUGUGGAUGCUGCUAAAGGGAGUUUCUUUGCCCUCACGCAAACCGUUGAGUUAGUGUAUGUGUUUGUGUUGUUGAGUGUGUGUGUGUGUUGGGCGUCUGUUUGUGUGUGUUUGUAGGUUAAUUUAGAAUCAAACAGUAAAGUUUGUUUUACUUCAUAAAGCUGAUUUUAGUCAUAAUUCUUUUUCUUUGGUUAGUUUUGUUGUUUUUUGAGGUGGAAUGGGGGAGGGACUUGGAGGGGGUGGGGUGUUGCCAUGGCCGCCAUGACUCUGCAGAAUUCCAGAACAUUCUAGAACUCCCCUCACUGACAGGCUGUGCCCAUUCCCUGCACCUCUGCUCUAAUCAUGACCUCAGAAUCUGUGACAUUACGGCGCGGUGUCGCUUCAGAACUCGAAACACGGAUAUGGAUAUGAUGACAUCAUAGUGUAGCCCUCUUCCUGUUGGCCCAGACCCCCUCAGUUGCUUUUUUGUAAUUGUUGUUUUUUCUCUCUGUAUGUGUUGGGUUGUCUUUUGUUGUUGUUUUGUUUGUAUCAGGAACCAAUCUCAGGCUCUACCUGCAGACAACAUGAUGGCAAUAAACUGUCUCCAAGAUUCAAAA